UUUAACAUAAUCGGACAAUCGCAACAUGGCAGAUCGGCCGGCCUGGCUCAGAAAGAAAAUUGGGGGAAUUUUGCUCGAUAUUUCUGGCGUCCUUUAUAAUGCUAAUGAGGGAGGUGGUGAAGCUAUUCCUGGAUCUGCUGAAGCAGUUAAGAAGCUGAAAGCAGCUGGUUACAAGGUGCAGUUUUGCACAAAUGAGGAUACUUGCACAAGAGAGCAGCUUGUCCUCAAACUUGGACAAUUUGGAUUCAACCUGUCAGCCAAUGAAUUACUUGCACCAUCUCCUGUUGCAAGAAAGAUUCUUCAGGAUCGUAAACUACGCCCGUUACUUCUGAUUCAUCCCAAAGGACUCGCAGAAUAUGAGGGAGUGGAUUGCACCAAUCCCACCUGUGUUGUUGUUGGCGGAGCUGAAGAUCAAUUUACCUAUGCACGCAUGAAUGAGGCCUUUAGACUACUUUUAACUUCAGAUAAUCCAGUUCUUUUUGCUUUAGGACAUGGUCGCUAUUACAGAAGUGGUGCAAAUCUAGUCCUUGAUGCAGGUCCAUAUGUAAAGGCCUUAGAGUUUGCUUGUGAUGUAAAAGCUGAGGUUAUUGGUAAACCUUCAGCUACUUUUUUCCUAACUGCUUUGGACAAAAUUCAAGUAUUACCUGAAGAUGCAGUUAUGAUUGGAGAUGACAUUGUAUCAGAUGUGGGUGGGGCCCAGGCAUGUGGGAUCAGAGGAGUACAAGUUAGGACUGGAAAAUACAGACCUGGAGAUGAAAACCACCCUGCUGUAAAACCUGAUGGAUAUGUGGACAAUCUGGCACAAGCUGUGGAGCUCAUCCUCAAAUACAAUUGAGCAGAAUAUUACACUGAAUGAAUGAAUUGGUGUGUAAUGACAAAGGAUAGUCUAGUUUCAUCAAAAGAGAAUGUUGAUAUAGGAAAAGAGAGAAAAGAGUUCAAAUCAGUCAGGAUUGGCUUUGUACAUCAAUAUGUUCACCAUCUCAUUGGUUUGGUAACAAAUCAGGGUGCCUAGAUGUCAUGUGAAAAUGAUCUAUUGGGCAACAGUAAUGGGUUUUCAACUAAUGCUUGAAAAAGAAAAUAACUUUAAAAAAAUAUAGGAUAUUUACAUUAAAAAUAUUAAGUAGAGUAACUAUGUAAUGUUAGAAAAGAUGAAACAUUUAUUUCUCUCUAAAAUUAUGUUACAGCACUUGACAAGAAGAACAUAAUUUUGUUUGGUAUAAGUAAUAAAAGGUUUGCAAAGUUAGUUGUUCUCUCUCUCUACUACCUUAGAGCAUAUUUCAGGCCAAAAGGAGAUUUAAAUCACGACCAGUUUUUUCUAUUGAAAUAUUAGAUGUAGUUAAAUGCAAUUUAACGGAGUUAACAACAAAGAGCAUUAGCAUUCUCUAGUAGUCAGUGGUUUUUUGCAUAUAUGCAUGCAUGAGAGUUCCAUGUGCUCUUCAUUUGAGGCAUUCUUGCAUGUGCUUUGAGUGUGAACUUGCAGCAUUGUGAGGAGUGCCAGCUCAUCAUCCAGGCAGUUUUCCCCACCCCUUCCCUCCCUCUUUCCACUGUUUAUUCAGUGUGAUGGGUGCCUGUCUCCCUUUCCUGUGUGGGGACUCAUGGCUGGGUUGCCAGGAUUUGCCAGCCAUGGGAGAAGUCUCCAUAUAGGAGCUGGCUACCAACAGUGGAAGCUCCUGGAUGUUUCAGGCACCCAACCUCCACUUAGUGAUGCAGUUGUUAAACAAAGGAAUUCAAGUUCUAACCAAAUGAGGUUUCCCUUGUUUUCCAGUUCUUCAGCACAAUCAAUUUAUGACAGAGUAAUGUGUACAUUGCUUUUCCUCUAAGAACUAAAGACAUGGUCACUUACUCUAAAUCUGAUGUAAAUUGGACUAAGAGAAAACAGAUCUUGAAUUUCUGCUGAUGUUUUUUUCUUUUUUUUUU